AUGUCCGUUCUUGGAUCCCGGUUUCCGAUGCCAACAGAGUGGACGACCGGAUACAGGCUAUCAAAAAUGGCGUUGGCAACCACGUGCUUAUUUAAUGCGACCGACUUUCUUGACCGGGCCCGCGAUGGAAGGAUAGUUUUCGCCGGCGACUCCAUAGUUAGAAACCAAUGGGAAUCCCUGCUUUGCAUGCUUGCUCAAGGAGUUUCUAACCAAUCUACGAUAUAUGAAGAACAUGGAAGCCCGAUAACAAAGCACAAGGGAUAUCUUUCAAUGCACUUUGAGGAGUACAACCUCACGGUUGAGUACUACAGGGUGCCUUUCCUGGUAAUCAUAGAUCGCCCCCCAAAAGAUUCCCCGAAGGAAGUACGAGGUGCCAUUAGGGUUGACAGGCUACAUUGGUACUGUGCCAAAUGGGUUGGAGCAGAUAUUCUUUUAUUCAGCCCAGGACACUGGUGGAACGAAGAUAAAACACUGAAGAUGGGCAACUAUUUCCAGGAAGGCGGCGCUGUGAACACCACCAUCGAUGUGAAGGAGGCUUUUGGAAAGUCCUUAAUUACAUUAAUGUCAUGGGUCUUGCAAAGCUUGAAGCCAGAACAGAGUUAUAUCUUCUUCCGCAGCUACUCUCCUGUGCAUUACAGUUCAUCCGAAAACUUUAAAAAAGUAGAAGACAGGCCAGGAAUAGUACAACGAUACGAGGAAUUUAAUUCGCUAUGA